AUGAAUAACGGAUGUCUUGCAUGUGUCGUACCUACUUUUGCAAAAGCACUUUUAUCAUCGGCAUAUCUUGGAUUCAGGUCUUAUGGUUUUUAUGAUAUUUAUGAAUUCAACACCAACAAAAUCAUUCAUGUCUACUGUGACUUGACUUCAGAACCUGGGUCAGCGUGGACGUUGGUCAUGUCGUAUGCUUUGAAGAACAACAACUCUCAAAUGAAUUAUAUGAAGUCCCAGUCAACCCAUUGGAGAGUAACGUGCAGUUAUCCAAAGAACAAAGUUGAUUAUAUAGAUUAUGUGAGAUCAAAGUUUUCUGAUCUUGAUGUGAUGACUUUUUCUGGUUCUGAUAUUUGUAAGAAAGUAGAGUUUGUAAACAUCCGUGGUCAUCAAUGCGCUCAGUGUACGUCGAAAUGGUGGCAAGUGUGAAAUACCUAAUUAGCAAUCAUUGAGAGUAGUGUUUCAGGUUGUCAGUUUGACGCUCGCAUUGGUUCUGUAUAUUCUGAGGAUAACUUUGGCUACUAUGGUGUGUUUAACAAUAAGUUCCGUUGCACAGAAAAUAAUCAGGUUUCCACAACAAACUGGUGGUUUGGAGCUUAUAAAUAA